AUGCAGAUUGCCAAAGUUGCUUUCUUUCUCUUCGCUGCUAUCGGCGUGGCGGCGAACCCCGUUGAUGUCGAUGGCAGCGGCAUAGACGCCGGAGUGUCUGGCGGGGAGGGCAUGAACACGUUGAUAACGUACACUGGGAAAUGCACCAGAGGCAGAAACUACAAGGAGGACACGUGCAAGUUCAAGGGCCAAAAGGGCAAGACUACCAUUGUCCGGUGCCCUCGAUUUGCCAACCAGAGGUGCCCUCGGAAUGGCAGUAAGUGCACAUGGGACAGUUACAAGCGGACUACCAAGUGCAACUACAAAUAG